GGAAACCAUGAUUCGUGAAGUUGUUGAACACGGAAGACCAAUAAGUAAUUUUGAAGAUUAUUUCAAUUUUGAACAAGUUUAUCGAUCAGAUCAAUAUUUCUAUAAACACCAACCAAAGUCUAUGAUUUGUGUCCCAAUCAAGAAUGAGUUAGAAACUUUAGGUGCGUUAUACUUAGAAUCUCAAAAGAGUACACUUGUUUUCCAUGAAAAGAAGCUAAAUUUAAUUGGGCUGUUGUGUACACAAGCUGCUUUUGCAUUAGAUAAGGCACGUCUUUAUAAAAGAACCAUGUUGGCUAAAAAAGCUGCUGAAGAUGCUACUGCUGAAAAGGCUACUUUCCUUGCAAACAUGUCACAUGAGAUUAGAACUCCUUUCAAUUCAUUAUUUGCUUGUGCUGGGUUUUUGUUAGACACAAAGCUAGAUGCAAUUCAACAUGAAUACGUUGAAACAAUUCAAUCAUCAGCCAAAGUGACGUUAAAUAUCAUUGAUGCUAUCUUAACUUUUUCCAAGAUUGAACAUGGGUCAUUAUAUUUGGAGAAUACCAAUUUCUCAUUAAAUGAAUGUAUUGAGAGUGCUAUGCAUCUAGUUGCAGAACAAGCUGUUACAAAAGAUUUAGAAUUGGCUUAUUUCAAUGAAACUGAAGGUGCUGAUUCAGUUAAAGGUGAUCUUACAAGAUUUAGACAAAUUAUUAUCAAUCUUUUAGGUAAUUCUGUCAAAUUCACUCAAAAUGGGUCUAUUAUUGUUAGAAGUUCAGCAAGAAGAAUAUCUUCUGAUAAUAUUUUUGAAUUUGUUAUUAGUAUCAAAGAUACUGGUAUUGGUAUACCUCACAAUUCUUAUAAUAAAGUGUUUGGAGCUUUCAGUCAAGUUGAUGGUUCAUCAAGAAGGGUUUAUGGAGGAUCUGGACUUGGUCUUGCUAUUUCAAAGAAAUUGGUUGAAUUGAUGGGUGGUAAUUUGACCUUUGAAAGUGAGGAAGGUGAAGGUACAACUUUUUAUUUAACAAUUACUUCAAGAGUUGAAACAUGUGCUAAUUCAGAUAAACUAGAUGACUUGAAAGGACAAGCUGUUAUAAUCGAUGAUAG